UUCGCUCCGUUGAAUAUCGUUUUGGAUGAUUGGCUUUGAAUUGUUAUCAACAAACCAGCCGUUACCAGGAAUUUGCAAAAUUCGCGUGUUGUUCGAGCUAUUGCAUUGCGUACACAUUACUACUAUGACUGGUGUUUUCUCGUGAUAAGUCAAGUUGAAGAUACGUCUUUAAGCCAAAUCUGUAACACACCGAAAGAUUCUUCACUAGUUCUGAAUAACCUACAAAAAUGAUUGUAUCGCUGAUGUAGAAAUGAUUCCUUAUAUUAUAGACCCCACCAACAAUGGUAACUUUAUGUGAAUGAACUGAAGUCUUAUAAUUUGUGGAACCUAACGCAUCAGUGAAAAUGACUUCAAUAGCUUCGGUAAAAAAGAAGUUACUGAAUGGUUGGGAAGUAAGGUUGGGACUUAAUGGAAGAGUUUAUUAUUACAGUGGUCACAGUCACACGAUACAAAUACUCCCCCCGCCCGAAGCCUGGGACUGCGAGUAUAAUCUUCCUUAUGGUUACGAGAUGGCGGUCGAUUAUUCGGACCGAGUUUACUUUCUCAACCACAUCGCACAGCGAGUGUCGUACAACGACCCACGUGUCGGCCAAGAUAACGAAGAUCAGGAUCUCACAGAGGAAGUCCCACUACCCCGACACUAUGUUAUUAAACGUGAUGAACAACUUGGCUUUGGAUUUAUUGCUGGCAGUGAGAAACCUGUUAUUGUGCGUUCUGUUUCACCAGGUGGUCCUUCAGAAAAUAAGUUGCAGCCUGGUGACCAGAUCAUUAAAAUUGGCAGCGAGCACGUAAAAGAGUCGGCUCGGGAGAGAGUUAUUGAUUUAAUCAAGUACAGUACAGAUGAAGUAGACCUUACUGUGUUACAGCCAAGCAGGGUAAGACAUUGUUCGUUGUAGUGGAAAUAACAAUGAGUGUGGAUUUUUAACACA